AUGGAAAAGGAGAUCAGCACUUGCCCAUGAUCAACACCCUCUUGUGAGAACGAGGGUGUAUUCUACUACGAAGAUGCCAAGGAGUACUCCUGAAGUGACUGUGAAGCAACAGUUUAUUCGGGAAAUUCUACCAAGCAGAAAAUUCCAAGCACUCUUGAUGUAGCGAAGAAGAUAGUUGUUACAAACCUCAUGAUCAAGAACAUGAUGGAUUACAUUCAGACUAACUAUUCUGAAGGAUUGAGAGACUCAACGACCGAAUCUGUCCAAGAUCAUAUAGCUACCUUUGAAUCAAUUAAAGGAUCUUUCCAAGAUCUUCUUGACAAUGGAAGUUAUUGCAGUUUAAUAGACACUGAAGAAAAGAUUGAGAAGUGCCUCGAUGAUUUCAAAAAGAACCCUGAGCAUAUAAAUUAUCUCUUGCAUCAGAGCUUGGCUAAGAUCAAGACCACAGAGUUCUCCAAGAUUGACUCUAUCGAGAGGGCUUCAUCAAGAGAGUCUAUUCCAUACAGUUUUGCAGAAGAGUCCUUUCUAGAAAUUCCAAGAAGAGAUCCACCCCAAGAGAGAUCUUCGGUAGAUCAUACCAUAGAUGACUCGGAAUCUAGAGAAAUCCCAGUCGAAGAAGUUAAGUUGGUAGAGCCAGCCCAAGUUUUUGAAGAAAAUAAAAACUAUGAAGAAAGAGAUGACUUCGUCAACCACGAAGUUACUAGACUCUCAUGUGAGCUCUUUGACCAUGCAUAUGAUGAAUAUUUUGAAGAGGAAGUCGAGAUUGGAGAAGACUUUAAACUAGUCCUCAAUAUGGAUCAAGAAAAAGAUUGGAAGUUCCUCAAGUUCCUUCUCGGCCAUAAAAUCCCUAACUGAAAAUAUCUCAGCUUGAGAGCGAUCCCUGAAAGGAAAUUGGAGGUAAAACAGUUCCUGUACAAUUCCUUUCCUGACCUCGUGAGGGAUCUAAAUUUUAAUUUUAUGUCCAACCGCAAAGAUAUUACGUUCUAUCAGAAAUCGUUAGAGCAUAUUUUCCCAAAGGUUGGUCAGGAACUGAACUUGUACCACCUAAUCAUCAGCAACCAACAGUUGUGCAGACUUUUGAUGGCGAACACAAACAGCAUUAUGUGGAUUGGGUUCAUAGAAUGCAAACUUCCCGACCAAUUUGACUUCGGAAACAAAAUAAAUGGUGCAAAUUUCAGAGGUCUCAGUCUGUCAGGAUCUAAGUACCAGACAUCGAAUCAUUGGGAGAACCAUCCAGAGAGGUUCCGUUACCUUAUAGAAGCUCUCUCCAGAGUCAAUAGUGUCAGACAAUCAAUGGACAGAAUCUGGCUUGUAGAUUCAGGGAUAGAACUCGCAUCCAUCAGAAAUACUUUGGAUAGCAAUGGAUUCGAAAAUGUCGAGAUUAAAAGACAUAGUAUCUAA